CUCUCAACUCACGAGUAGGACGCAAUUUGCGGAUCCAUUCAAUCACGAGUACGACCACCGCUAUCCUCGCCCUCAGCCACCCAAGAUCCGUCGGCACGUCGACUCGACUCUUUGACUUCCAUUGCAAUGGCACAACAACGGAACUCCAAUAGUGGUAUUGGUGUCUCGUUGCUUCCCAGGUUUAGUAGUCUCCCAUCUGAAGAGUGAACAACAGCCUCAUUGCUGGAAUAGAAUAGAAUCGAAUCAGUUGCUGAUCGACGAGUUUGGGUAUCUUUAGAGCUGCCUAGAGUUAGCAAGUGCCAUCUUUCUCAUCCCCUUCCUCUUGGCUUCAAAAUAGCUGUCAAGAUCAGAACUUCUUCCGCCAACCAGAGAUUGUCGCACUGAUCCACUCAUUAAAAUCUCACCAUGCCCAAAGACAAGAAAAGGAAAGCCAACGAUGGCAGCAGCAUCAAGAAAGACGAGGCUGCAAUGGUAGAUACGUCUUCUGGGAAGAUGAUUGCUCCCAGCAAGAGUACCCCGCCUCUGGAUACCUCACAAUGGCCGCUUUUGUUGAAGAAUUAUCAUCAGCUUCAUAUCCGAACCAACCACUACACACCCUUGCCCACGGGAUCUUCUCCGCUGGCACGGUCCCUGGAGCAGCAUUUGAGUUAUGGUGUCAUCAAUGUCGACAAACCCGUCAAUCCGAGCUCGCACGAAGUCGUUAGUUGGAUCAAACGCAUUCUGCGUGUCGAAAAGACGGGCCACUCGGGAACUCUGGACCCCAAGGUCUCGGGCUGCCUCAUUGUCUGUCUGGACCGUGCCACACGCUUGGCCAAAUCGCAGCAAAGUGCCGGAAAGGAAUACAUUGCCGUCUUUCGUCUCCAUUCCACGGCAGAAAACAUUCAAGCCAGAUUGUCACGCGCCGUUGAAACCACCUUGGUGGGUGCACUCUUCCAACGACCACCCCUCAUUAGUGCCGUCAAACGACAGCUCAGAAUCCGGACCAUUUACGAUUCCAAACUCUUGGAUUUCGAUCAGGAACGUGGUCUAGGUGUCAUGUGGGUCAAGUGUCAAGCGGGAACCUACAUUCGGACGCUCUGUGUUCAUUUGGGACUCGUAUUGGGUACCGGUGGACACAUGCAAGAGCUUCGACGAAAUCGAUCCGGUAUCAUGGGUGAAGACGAACGAAUGGUUACCAUGCAUGAUAUUUUGGAUGCACAGCAUGUCUAUGAUACCACCAAGGAUGAAUCCUAUCUUCGACGUGUCGUCAUGCCUCUGGAAGUGCUUUUGAUCAACUACAAACGCAUUGUCGUCAAGGAUUCGGCGGUCAAUGCUAUUUGCUAUGGGGCCAAGCUCAUGAUUCCAGGAUUGUUGCGGUUUGCUGAUGGCAUUGAAAUCAAUGAUGAAGUGGUUUUGAUGACCACUAAAGGAGAAGCCGUGGCGGUAGCCAUUGCUCAAAUGACAACGUCCGUCAUGGCGACAGUAGAUCAUGGAGCUGUGGCCAAGAUUAAGCGUGUCAUUAUGGAACGAGACGUCUACCCGAGACGAUGGGGGCUUGGCCCCAUGGCACAGCGGAAGAAGUCACUCAUCCAGCAAGGCAAGCUCGACAAACACGGCAAACCAAAUGCCAGUACACCAGCAGACUUUAUGCAGUCGUACAAGGAUUACUCCAUGUCCAAUCCACCCAAGAUGAAAGGAGAAGGAGAAACACCCGCCAAAGAGGAGGAGAGUGCCGCCCCUGCAGCAGAAUCUCCAGCUUCUGCAUCGUCUCCUGCAGCAAUGGAAGAAGACUCUCCCGAGGAGAAGAAACGUGCCGUAGAAGAAACAUCUUCUGGAGAGGAAGAUAAGCCGAAGAAGAAAAAGGACAAGAAGGAAAAGAAGAAGAAAAAGGAAAAGAAGAAGAAGAAAGACAAGUCAUAGGGAGAUGUGCUUUGUCUGGAAUAGCAAGCAGCAUUCCAGAUUUGUCCCCUGUGUGGAACCUGUAUUGGUCGUAGUUGCCAAACAAAAAUGAUUUGGCAGUGCUUGUAAAAUAAAACCUUCGUCUGCGGCAAAACUCUUUGUAGCUUCUGAUGGACGCCGAAGCCAACCCUGACUACUAGCUAGCUUGUGGAUAGAACUCGCAAAGGACACCAUCGGGAUUAGAUACCGGUAGAACUGUCUGGAGACGAGAACACCAUUUUGGCAAAUCCAUUGGUUUCAUCUUACGCAAAAAUCAGAAGAAAGCUAGAGACAUUUGAUGAAGAAGCACAGAACUAAGGAAC